GUUCUCACACACUCUGUAGCCGUUACAUAUGUCCUGUGGAGAUUCUGACAGUUAAACAUGUCUGUUAUAAAAUGGAGAGUAGUGGCUGACUGGAAGGACAUCUUCUAGAACUCUAGACCUUCUAGAGCAGCACUGGACAGAACACCUGGCGAGCACAGGCCUCAAUGAUGAGUGGAAUUACAAUAACUACCUUCUACGUUGUCUUGACACUGAAAGAAUGCUCUUAGGUUCAGGGAUAGCCAUCCUCCUCCUCCUGGCCACUUCCAGUGCACAGCCCAGCCAAAAGCCCUGCCGGUGUUCAGCUCUCCAGCCUUCAGGACUACAGGUUAACUGCAGCUCCAUGAGCCUCAUGGAAGUGCCCCCUCUCUCUCCAGACACCACAGAGCUCUACCUCCAGGACAACCAGCUGUUCACAGUACCCUCAGGGCACUUUGACAGCCUGCAAGACCUGAGGAGGGUCACCCUGUCUGGGAACCCUUUCCACUGCGACUGUGGCAUCUUGUUCCUGAGGACCUGGCUGAGGAGGAACUGGGCUGUCGUGUCUGGUGGGGUGCCCACCUGUGCCAGCCCCAGUGGUGUGGCACACACAGAGAUCACUGCACUCAGUGAUGCCUACUUCUCUUCCUGUGCCCAGCGAAGCUGUGCAGGGUGGGUGUAUGACACCAUGGUGGGGGUGAUGCUGUUUGGGCUCAUCGGCCUGCUGCUGUGGGGUUUGAGGCUGGCCAAGAACUCCACCUUCACUCUGGACAUUGAUCAGAGACACGCAGGGUUGGAGGUGGACUCUCUGAGGUCGCUGAAGCCCAAACACAGGAGGCUCCAGAGGACUCUGUCUGAGGAGAGGGAGAACUCAGCCUCUCUCAGCUGGACAAACGACCCAGAGAGACCGCUGAUUAACAUGGAGAUAUUGCCACAAAUACUGGACGUAUUGCACAAGAAACACAAUAUAAAGAUAAAGACAAUAUAAGAUUUGGGAUGAUUGUCGGGGACCAUGGGGUGACUGGGGAUUUUAAACCUAAGCUGGUGAUUGAGUGUUUUACUCUCUGUUGGAAUACCCUUUAUCAGACUAUUUUGACUCAUGCCUUGAAUUGAAUUUUUUUGUCAUGAAGCCUGUAAAAUCAUGCUCUGGAACUAAUGUCUCCCAUUGUUGUUAUGUAGCAGAUUGUUAUGUGUUUUACACUUGUACACUGUAUCUCUCCAAUACAAAUAAAUGUAAUUGAGUAUAAAGUGCUCACGUCAAACACA